ACCCUUGUGCUUGGGCCGGACGGGGCCGAGCCGAGCGCCAGUGCCGCUUGCUCGGGGGACCCGGGGACCGGGGGAUUCCGCAGCCCGAUCCAAGCCCCGACCGCGGGCGUCGCCGCCGCCACCAUGCGCUGGGUCCGGGCGCUGCUGAAGAAUGCGUCCCUGGCAGGGGCGCCCAAGUACAUCGAGCACUUCAGCAAGUUCUCCCCGUCCCCACUGUCCAUGAAGCAGUUCCUGGACUUCGGGUCCAGCAAUGCCUGUGAGAAAACUUCAUUCACCUUCCUCCGGCAGGAGCUGCCCGUACGCUUGGCCAACAUCAUGAAAGAGAUCAACCUGCUUCCUGACCGGGUUCUGGGCACACCCUCAGUGCAGCUGGUACAGAGCUGGUACGUCCAGAGUCUGCUAGACAUCAUGGAGUUCCUGGACAAGGAUCCUGAGGAUCACCGCACCCUGAACCAGUUCACUGAAGCCCUUGUCACAAUCCGGAACCGACACAACGACGUGGUACCUACAAUGGCACAAGGUGUGCUGGAGUACAAGGACACCUAUGGCGAUGACCCCGUCUCCAACCAGAACAUUCAGUACUUCCUGGACCGCUUCUACCUCAGCCGCAUCUCCAUCCGCAUGCUCAUCAACCAGCACACCCUCAUCUUCGACGGCAGCACCAACCCUGCCCACCCCAAACACAUUGGCAGCAUCGACCCCAAUUGCAACGUGUCCGAAGUGGUGAAAGAUGCCUAUGACAUGGCCAAGCUCCUGUGUGACAAGUAUUACAUGGCCUCACCUGACCUGGAGAUCCAAGAAGUCAAUGCUGCCAAUACCACCCAGCCCAUUCACAUGGUCUACGUCCCCUCCCACCUCUACCAUAUGCUCUUCGAACUCUUUAAGAAUGCCAUGCGGGCCACGGUGGAAAGCCACGAGUCCAGCCUCACUCUCCCUCCUAUCAAGAUUAUGGUGGCCUUGGGUGAGGAAGAUCUAUCAAUCAAAAUGAGUGACCGAGGUGGGGGUGUCCCCUUGAGGAAGAUUGAGCGGCUCUUCAGUUAUAUGUACUCCACAGCACCCACCCCCCAGCCUGGCACUGGGGGCACCCCGCUGGCUGGUUUUGGAUACGGGCUCCCCAUUUCCCGCCUCUAUGCCAAGUACUUCCAGGGAGACCUACAGCUCUUCUCCAUGGAGGGCUUUGGGACUGACGCUGUCAUCUAUCUUAAGGCCCUGUCCACAGACUCGGUGGAACGUCUACCUGUAUACAACAAGUCUGCCUGGCGUCACUACCAGACCAUCCAGGAAGCUGGCGACUGGUGUGUGCCCAGCACAGAGCCCAAGAACACAUCCACAUACCGGGUCAGCUAAGAGCCACGUCUCCCCCAUACCUAAGAGGACAACUGCUCUCUCUGGGUCUAGCCACCAGGGUGAUCCGGCCCAUCCCCCAGGGCUGUAUGGAUCAGGAGUGGUUUUCCCUGAUCACCAGCUCUCUGUGGAAAUCAUUGAGGUGACCAGUCUGUGGUGGUCCCUAAGUGCCAAUCUGUCUUCAAGGAGACACCGGGCAGUCUCCCUGGGACCCUGUCUCUGUGGCAGUGCCUGUGGGCUGCAGAUGGCUUCACCCUGGGGGAGCCCCAGAGACACUUCCCCACGACAGUCCUCUCAGACCAGUACUAUUACUUUUCUGCCAGGAGUCCUGGUCCUCCUCACUGCCUGCACAGUCCUGGCCCCCCAAGUGGCUGUUCCUCUUGUCUUGUGCCCCCAUCCCUUACGGCACACUGGCCCUGGUCCUUUGUCAGUAUUGGGAAGGUUCAGAAGCCUUUGGACUUGGUGGGGCAAGGAUGCAUCCAUGACUCCUGGUUUGGGACCUGGUUCUACAGCCUUUCCCUCCACCCUGGACAUUAGGGUUGGGGCAGGGGUAAGGGUUGGGAAGUGGUUUCUACUCAAAGCCCACCCCAAAGGGAAGAACCAGGGAAGAACCAGAGAUUGCCUGCUCCAGCCGUGGACCUUCAAAUGACCUUGGCGAUGUUUGUGAAGCCUCUCAAGCCCUUACCCAGCAUGUCCUUUCAGGCACACCCUUAUCUGCCCACUGGACACGCCCCCCAGUCCUGCCUGAGCUCUAGACCCCAGCGCCACUGUGCCUCACAUGCGCUUGGGUGGCUUUCUUUCUAGGACUCUCUGUACAUAGUCUUUUUUUUUAAAACCAUGAUUGCCCACCUUUUCCCUCAGCACACAGGGGGUUAAAGCCAUGUGCUCCUCCCAGUGGCCAUGAUGGUGACAGUGACAUCCACAGUAAAGAGGAGAUGGAAUGAGAA